UUUCUCUCGUCCCCAGAUGAAGACGUGUGCGUGUUUAAGUGUUCCGUGUCCAGGGAGACGGAGUGCAGCCGCGUCGGCAAACAGUCCUUCAUCAUCACGCUGGGCUGCAACAGCGUCCUCAUCCAGUUUGCAACGCCCACGGAUUUCUGUUCCUUUUAUAAUCUCCUGAAAACCUGCCGGGGCCACAGCGCGGAGCGCUCGGUGUUCAGCGAGCGGACGGAGGAGUCUUCCGCGGUGCAGUACUUCCAGUUCUACGGCUACCUGUCCCAGCAGCAGAACAUGAUGCAGGACUACGUCCGGACGGGCACGUACCAGCGGGCCAUCCUGCAGAACCACAGCGACUUCAAAGACAAGGUGCGGAGGAGGAGGAGCAGGAGGGGAAAAGCUGGUUCCCUCCCUCUGGCUCGGGGCUCUCGGGGGAGGGCGUGGCCGGCCCAGGGCUGGGCUCCCAGCCUGCGGUGCAGAUCAGGGCUGUGUUGGGCGGCACUUGGGUUUGUGUUAGUGAAGAGCAACAACCUGCCGGAGCGCAUCGUGGUCAUCCCCGGCAAGGUGGAGGAGAUCUCGCUCCCCGAGCAAGUGUUAGUGAAGAGCAACAACCUGCCGGAGCGCAUCGUGGUCAUCCCCGGCAAGGUGGAGGAGAUCUCGCUCCCCGAGCAAGUGGACAUCAUCAUCUCGGAGCCCAUGGGCUACAUGCUCUUCAACGAGCGCAUGCUGGAGAGCUACCUGCACGCCAAGAAGUACCUGAAGCCGGGUGGUAACAUGUUCCCCACGAUCGGCGACGUGCACCUGGCCCCCUUCACAGACGAGCAGCUCUACAUGGAGCAGUUUACAAAGGCCAAUUUCUGCCAGGACGCUGGGCUAGAUGGGCCUCUGGCCGCUCCCACGUUCUUGUGUGAUGAGCCUCCAAGAAACAAGUGGCCAGAUGCUCUGGACACCUUUGAUAUCAGGAUUUUAAUGGCUAAAUCCGUGAAGUACACGGUCAACUUCUUAGAAGCCAAAGAAGGCGAUUUGCACAGGUAGCGGUUUGCUCUCUCCGGCUGGGGGGGUACUGACGUCUGCUCGCUGGCUGGAGCCCAGCCCCAUGCGCGGGCGGCUGAGCACGACCCUGGGCCCGUGGGGUUUGCCAUCAGUGAGGGGCGGCAGAGCACUGGGGCUGGCGCGCUCAGCAGCCCCCACGCAUCCCUCGUGCUGCUGGAGGGUUGUGUGAGUAGCCCGGGUUCCUGCCGCACGGGGCUGUCCUGAUGCAUCCGCAGACUGUGCAGCUGUGUGGGGCACCCCUGGGUCUUAGUGUCCCCCCGGCUCGCCUUAGCCCCGCUCCAUGGCUCCGCGUCCUUCGGGGAGGAUCUAGCUGACUUCAGAGAGGCACGGCCUGCCCGAGACACAGCAGCACCUGACCCUGGGACGGAGCCAUGGAACAGGCACGGGCCAGCCCCAGCUCUCUCCGGCCUGGUUCCGAAUUCACCGUGGUACUCGGCAGGCCCCGAGUUUGCAGUGGGCUGUAAAAAAGCGAGUCGGGCGUCGCUGGAGACGAUAUCCAAUCACAGCUCUGAGCCCCGCCGGUAUCUGGGCGCCAGCUGGGCCGUGCUGUGUAGGGCCCGUAAACCGAGGGGGCCCCCAAAGGCUGCUGGGUUCAGAGCUGCAGCCUCCAGCCCCCUGCCA